AUGGCUAAACUUUUUCUAACCAAAUGUGCGCUCAUUGCCGGCGGACUCGCAACCGCUCUCAUAGUGAUAGUACUCCUGAGAACCGCUCUAUACUUCCCGGUACCACAAGAGCUGAUCAAUUGCGAGCACAUCGAUGAACACAAGCCCAUCACCGAUGGCGAGCGACAAGUGGUCGACCGAUUCAUACAAGCCCUCCGACUGCAGACUAUCACGAAAGCCCCUCACGAUUACGAUGACAAACAAAUACAACUUUUUAUUGAGUUUCUCAACAGAAGCUUUCCUUUAGUUCAUUCAUCCAAAUCAGUGACACUUCAGAUAAUCAAUGAGCGAAGCCUUCUCUAUCACAUCCGGGGCGCUGAUAACACUCUAAAGCCAUACCUACUGUUAGCGCACAUGGAUGUGGUGCCGGCCCAGGAUGACAAAUGGCAUGUACCACCAUUCGCCGGCACCGUACGGGACGGCUAUAUCUACGGCAGGGGGACGCUGGACCUCAAGGAUGUGGUGAUGGUAUUGAAUCUUAAGCUAUAA